AUGGAGCUACCAAGACACGAUUCGAGAAGUCUUUCCAAUCAAAAGGAUUUACCUUCAGAAAAAAUGCACCAAAGCGGGUCAGGUUCUAGGAAUAUUUCCGGUCAACAAGACGCAAAUUCUCCUGAAGACGAUGUGAUUAUGUCUGAUGAGAACUGGAGCCAUGUAACUGAGAGUGAAGAUACAUAUAUGGGCGAUGACUAUUACACAGAUGGGACUCACACCGGCGACACUACAAUCUAUCGUCCAUCUUCAGGCCUUGCGCUCCAGGAAUCAGCUCCUGUGAAAAGCUUCGCUCCAGCUCAGGCCCCCCAAAAACGAUACGUACCAGCUCCACGGCGUUAUAGAGGAGUUCUUGAUCCAUACGAGGGCGCAGAAGAUGCCGCAUUUUUUGCCCACGCAAAUACACGGUAUCAGCAGGGAAUACGGGAGGCACUGCGUAAAAGUGAGGAGAAAUCUAAAGAGGAGACUUCUAGGUCUGCGAGGAAGGAAAAUACCGCUUUGGCCGCAGGAACGAAUGCAGCGGCUGCUGCUACUGUUGGGGAGAAAAUCAAUUUUAUCGAUCUCUUGUGGGGUGAUGCUUAG